AUGGCUGCUCGGCCUCUAUCGAUAGUCAUUCUCGACAAGCAACAAAAGGAACCUUUGAUCAAGGAUAUUCAAGAUUUCCUCGACCCUAAAGCCAGAUGCUGGUACUCCGACUAUUCAAUCUCCUAUAAGCGAGGAUACCUCCUUCAUGGGCCGCCUGGAACGGGGAAAUCCAGUUUUAGCCUAUUAGUCGCCGGUGAAUUGGAUAUGGACAUUUAUGUUAUUAGUAUCCCUAGUGUAAACGAUGGAAUGCUGAAGAGUUUGUUCGCCGACCUCCCAGAAAGAUGUAUUAUCUUGCUGGAGGACAUUGAUGCAGCAGGAGCUGCGUGUUCUAGGGACUUCGACUCGAAAGAUUCGGACAAUGGCAUAAACGCGAGGCCGAAGAGGACGGGGGUCACUCUUUCGGGCUUACUGAACGUCCUUGAUGGUGUUGCCUCUCAGGAAGACCGAGUCCUUAUCAUGACCACUAACUAUCCCAAAAACUUGGACGAGGCGUUGACGCGUCCUGGUCGAAUUGAUAAGGAGGUUGAGUUUCAGCUUGCCGAUAGAGACAUCACUAAAGAUAUUUUUAGGUUCAUAUUUGGGCAACUAGCGGUGCAGGGUAAAUAUGAUGGGGAGGUAGAGGGUCAAGCGGAUGAGUUUGCCUUGAAGGUACCAGAGUCCGAGUUCAGUCCGGCGGAGAUCAUAUCGUACCUUUUGCCACAUAGGUCUUGCCCGGCUGCUGCAGUAGAGAACUGCGGCCGAUGGGUGGAUGACCUCCUUAAGGAGAAGCAGCGCAAGAGAGACUCGCUGCAGAGUGGCAGUAGAAAUCGCCGUAGUUAG